GGUAAGACGAGAGAGAGAGAGCAGCAGAAAGAGAAAAGCAGAGAGAGAGACAAGGACAAAGAGAAAGAGUUGCGUGAGCGUGUGAAAGUGCGGCGUCGCAGCGUGAGUGGCCACCAGCUCGUGCCUGGUUCAUUCUCCACCUGGGCGACAUGUUCACUGUGCAGCAAGACCCUGCAGAGGAAGCAUGGCCUGCAGUGCUUGAACUGCGCCGUCAACGUCCACAAGAGCUGCAAGAACCUGCUGCCCGAGUGCAGCAGCAAAAACAAGAAGACGUCAAACGCCGCAGCUCAGUCGCAUAGUCAAGCUCUGAGGGACCCCUGCUCUGCCCUGACUCACGUCGAUGGCUCGUCCAGGACGUCUCGCUGUGCUUCAGGUAUGACCGUUCCACCCAAAGGACACAACACCCAACCAGCCGCCUCCAGCAACCCUACAGUCAGCCACAACAACAACAGCGGCUCUAUCACAGGAGAGAUGGAUGAAGUUGACGCAUUCAGGAUGAAGCGCCCCGCUGACGACACCGUAUCUCUCGCCUCCACGAUGCCCGAGUCUCUCAUCGUUGAAGAUGCGUAUUACACCACAGUACGAGGGGAACUGGAAGCCAUCACACAAGAUUUCGAGGUGGAGUCCUGGAAUCUGGCUGUGGAUCAGCACUUCUUAAAGAAACAUUCGAAGGAAAUGAUCAAGAGACAGGAUGUUAUAUAUGAGCUCAUCCAGACGGAGAUACACCACGUGCGGACGCUCAAGAUCAUGCUCCGCGUUUACGCUCGAGACCUGCGGGAGGCACUACAGCUGGACGACAGGAGGCUGGACUGUCUGUUUCCCCGGCUGGACAGCCUGCUGGAGCUGCACAGCCACUUCCUGUCCCGCCUCCGGGAGCGUCGCGCAGAGUCCCUGCAGCCUGGCAGCGAAUGCAACUAUGUCAUCCAUAAACUCUCAGAUAUCCUUAUAUCCCAGUUUUCCGGAGAGCUUGGAGAGCGAAUGAAGGAAAGUUAUGGGGAUUUCUGCAGUCGGCACACUGAGGCAGUCAACUACUACAAAGAGCAGCUGCAGAGCCACAAGAAGUUCCAGAACCUCAUGAGAAAAAUCAGUAAUCUGUCAAUAGUGCGGCGGUUAGGCAUUCCAGAGUGUAUCUUGCUGGUGACACAGCGAAUCACCAAGUAUCCUGUUCUUCUGGAGCGCAUCCUGCACAACACAGAAGCCGGGACAGAGGAACAUGAAGGAUUAGCACAGGCUCUCAGUCUAAUCAAAGAUGCCAUCGUUCAGGUGGACGCCCAGGUCAGUCUCUAUGAGAAGGAAGCGCGGCUCAGGGAUAUCGUCUCCAAGAUGGAGCCCAAGUCGCUGGGGAAAAUCAAAGACGGACGUGUUUUCCGGAAGGAGGACCUCUCUCAGGGCCGCCGCAAGCUCUUGUACGAGGGAAUGGUCAACUGGAAAGCUGCAUCUGGUCGACUCAAAGAUAUUCUAGCUCUACUUCUUACUGAUGUUCUCAUCUUGUUGCAAGAAAAGGACCAGAGAUUUGUGUUCUCGACUGUGGACAACAAGCCUUCCGUUAUUUCACUGCAGAAGUUGAUUGUGCGUGAGGUGGCACACGAGGAGCGAGCCAUGUUCCUCAUCUGCGCCUCAUCUAACGAACCUGAGAUGUACGAAAUCCACACGAGCUCAAAAGAAGACCGCAACACGUGGAUCACCCACAUUCGUCAGGCUGUGGAGAGCUGUCCACAUAUCGAAGAGAGAUUGUUUAGUGAGGAAGAAGAAGCCAGAGUCGCCCGGUUCCGAGAGUUUCAAGAUCGCCUGACGUUGAAGGAUGCUCAGAUCGUCCAGAGCCUCACGGAGAAGCUUCAGUUGUUUGCAGAGCUGGCUGAAUCUGUGGCCGGUCUAGAGGACGCCAGCUCUCGCUCCCGCCUGCUGCUGCGGGGCGACGCCUCGGACCUCCAGCAGGGGGAGCAGCUGCUCAAAGGAGCCAUUACUGAAGCGGAGAACCUGCAGAACCUCCUUUCAUCUGGAGCUCGGGAAGCAUCUCCACAGACUGAAGGGAAUCAGAGUCCGUCCUUGAGUUUGCUGCCACGCAGAGCAGACACCUUUAGCGGCUACGAUAGCAUUCCUAGCAAACUGCCUACGAACGGCAGUAUUAAGAAGAAGGUUCCCGGAGCAGCCGGCAGGUCCAGGGACAGGAGUCAACGGGCCAGCUCUGAUCCACAGCUCAAAGAGGUGUACACAUGUCAGGACCGGGAUGAGCUGGAUGAGGCCUUCUCAUGCAGCUUGCACAAAAUGUGGUCCACCUGUAAAUUUCCAGAAUCAGAGUUCUAUGAGCGAGUGCUGCUGCUGUCCCAGAGGCUGUACAGUUUACAGGCCAUAAUCUCUCAGCAGGACAGCCACAUUGAGCUCCAGCGGGCCUCUCUCCUCACCGCCGAGCGGGAACGUCCCGGCAGCCGGAACCGUGGCACAGACGUGCUCCUGGAGCAGGAAAAGCAGCGCAACUUGGAGAAGCACCGCGAGGAGCUCGCCAACUUCCAGAGGCUGCAGAGCCAGCAUCGGCAGGAGCAGGCGCGCUGGGAACGGGAGCGGGAGAAGCAGCGGCGGCAGGCGGAGGCGGCUGAGCAGCGGCUGAAGGAGUGGGAGGAGGAGUGUCGGCGACUGGAGCUGCGUUUGGCCGAGGAGAGGCAGGAACUCGAGAGGCAAAGGCAGACGUACCAGCAAGACCUGGAGAGGCUGAGAGAGUCCACACGUGCUGUUGAGAAAGAGAAAGAGCGGUUAGAGCAACAGAGGAAGUUGAAGAAGCACAACACGGUGCCAAAUACGGCAGCACUGUACGCACAGGAAGUUGGACAGCUUUCCAGUUCCUCCAGCUUCAACGGUGAACUGCUGCUCGGUGGAGCAUGGGAUCAGACGCUUCCUCAAAAGUCACACCUGCGGUCCUCUCUCUCAGUGUCCCCCGCCGACUACCUGGAGCGUCCCGAAGUCCACUCGCGCCGCGAGAGCUCCUGCAGCACCCUCCUGGCCAAGACGGAGGUUCCCAUCCAUCUCAUCAGCACCACCAACCAGCUACACAAGCAGGGCAGUGUCCAGCAGCAGAUACCGACCAAACUCGCCGCCCUCAGCAAGGGCAAGGAGAAGAGCGGGAAGGGCAAGAGUUCGCACCGCACCGACAGUUCUGCUUCUGGUAACAUGUCACUCUCUGUGCUGCUUUCUUUGGCUUCAGGCAACACAUUCUAAUAACGUUUAAGAAAAACACCCUUAUGAGUGUAGAUGACCGUUCAACAGUGAGAAGGACACAAUGUGCAAAAUCUACUUAAGAAAAUACAAUAUACUUCACAAAUGUACAUACAAUAAUAGAACAUAAUCAAGGUUACAUGUACGGCAACAUCAUUUAAGAAGUUUGUUAGGCUUUCGUACACUUUGAAAACAGUUUAUUGAAGGUUUGGCACAAAACCAUUAAGAAGGAAUCCACAGCUUUAGUAGUUUAACCACCUUAAAAACUAAGCGAAUGUCAUUCACAUUGUAAACUACACGUUAUCCUACAGUUGAGUGACAAGUAAUAUUUUGUAGAAAGAAAAUGAAGCCUAUUUUAGGAUAAAUACCAUUAUAAUAUAUAUACAAUUUGAAUAAUAUAUUCUUGAUUUUUUUCUAUUGUGGUAACCACUUUUU